AAUUUCGCGUUACUAGGUCAGUAGCGCUCAUUUGUGGGCACCAUUUUAGCCUGUGUUCUCUUACACAGUCAUUAACAAUCGUUGGGACCAGCGUACAUAACUUCAUGUUUUCCCGACUCGGACGCCAGUCGACCGUGGAGCCAGCAACUGCACGUGUGCCGGUGAUGCUUCGUGCUAUGCAUGAAAUCGGACCGCAGCCUCGUUUAUCGUAGAGAGAUCCCGGGGGCUCGCCGCUGCUAUAUAUACUCUUCCUCGUGACCAUAUAGCGACUGAUGCAUCGCGGAGUGGGACGAGUAGAGUAGUCGGAGCACCCUGUCCGUGCCAGACACGGCCGAUAUCCUCGUAUUCCUAUCUGUGAACACUCGGUACAUUCGUGGCAGUGAGCGGUUGUUUGGAGCAGCAGCACCCUCGGCAGGUGGUGAGGAAGGGCAGCGCUCGUUGGGAUAGCGCGCGCGGGAAUUGGCCUGCGAGCCGCUCAGAAGGUUACUGCUGCUGCCUCGAGCGGCGCGCAGCAUGGAAUUUUUGCUUGGCGGACUGGCCGCGUGUGGUGCUGGCUUUUUCACCAAUCCUCUGGAAGUGGUCAAGACACGCAUUCAGUUGCAGGGCGAGCUGCAGGCUCGCGGACGCUACACAGUUCACUACCGCAAUGUGUUUCACGCGUUCUACGCCAUCGGCAAGCACGACGGCCUGCGGGCGCUGCAGAGCGGCCUGUCGCCGGCGCUGUGGUACCAGUUCUUUAUGAAUGGCACCCGCCUGGGCGCCUACCACAUCAUGGAAGACCUGCAGUUGACCAAGAACAAGAACGGUUCCGUCAAUGUGGCCCGCAGCAUCGCCGCUGGUGCCGUGGCCGGAUGCGUGGGCGCCUUCGUGGGAAGCCCACUCUAUCUGGUCAAGGUCCAGCUGCAGGCACAGUCGGCAACGCCCAUAGCUGUGGGCUACCAGCACAACCACGAGAGUAUGCUGGCAGCAUUGCUGCGCAUCUAUCGAAGAGACCACGUGCGGGGCCUGUGGCGAGGGGUCAAUGCAGCCUUGCUAAGGGUAUCUACUGGCUCAGCAGUGCAGCUGACCACCUUCUCCAAGAUCAAGUCUCAGAUCAACCACAUUGCUAUAUUCCGGGAACGACCCUGGUUUGAAGCGCUCGUGGCCAGUUCUGCAAGUGGGUUGGUGGUUGUGGCCACCAUGACUCCAUUUGACGUUUGCUGCACACGUCUAUACAACCAGCCUACAGAUGCCACUGGCAAGGGCAUCAUGUACAGAAAUGUCUUUGACUGCUUUGCAAAGGUGUUCAAGACUGAGGGCCCUAUGGGUUUCUACAAAGGCGUGACAGCCAGCUUCCUCAGGCUUGGCCCCCACACUGUGCUGAGUCUUGUCUUUUGGUCAGAACUGCGGAGGGAAUAUGCACUCUUCUCACAACCCACCGUUGAGGCGGCCUGACGACAUUCUGGCCAGGCAUCUAGUUGCUAGCCCCCUAUCCUUGUUCCUUAGACUGAGCCUUCUGUUCGCACAUCCAAGACGUCACUAGGUGGUUUCAAGUCACUGAAAAUGUUUGGAAUUUUAACAUGGCACGUUUAGUAAUGUCUGCCUGCGUUGCCUGAUUGCAGCUUCACCCUUGCAAAAGCGUGUCUUGACACUUUAGACUGAAUGAUCGCUUUCUUGUCCGCUUUUCAGGCUGCGGAGGUGAGGAUGUGACAUGCUGUUUUGUAAGGCUGCGUCCAAGAAAGUACAAAUGCUGUCUUGUUCGGCAUCCGAAGCAUUGUGGUGCCUCGGAAGUAGACUGUUCGUGUUUGCCAGAUGACGGGAAAAUUUCCGGUGCAUUGUUCCUUGUCCUGUGAAUGUCCUGCAGCCACGAGGAGCACUGAUUCCUCCCCUUGUACAGUAUUUAAGCUUUUCUGUCUUUUUAUAAGAAUGGCUCAUCAUAUGUGCUUAAUGAAGACUGUUGGCAGUGAGUUUUUUGGGACGCACUGUAUUGAGUGCAUAUUUUGAGAUAGUUUUUUUUUUGCGAAGAUCUUUGAAUUGGUGGCUGCAGGGCGCAUUGACUGUGCUGAUGGUGGUGACCCAUCUGGGUCUCUGUGUACAGUUUUUACCUGAGAUUUAUCCACUCGAGCGCAUAGGAUAUUGUUGAGCUACGGAACAAACUAUGCCGAAAAUGCUUUAAGAGUUAAGAAGUGUACAUUUUGGAUACUUGAGAGAUGGAAGCUUCAACCAUUGGUUCUCAUAGCUGUUAAGACUCCAUGUAAGCAUUUUUCCACCGAUUCUUCCUUUUGCUUUGUCCUCUAGUGGCUUGCCUGCACCCGAGUGUGUUCUUGGCCAGAGAGAAAUGCAGUACUAUUUAGGGUGAUUUCAAACUUACUUAGGCAUUGUCCCAUCCAAAGAAUUUGAAGUUAUUUUUAGGGCAUUCAUGAGGCUAUUUGGUACCUGUUGAUGAUAAAACCUUACUUUUCUCAGUAAGCUGCUUGUGUAAGUGGUUGCUUAUUACAUUUUUGUAAAGAUAGAACUAGUGAACAAGCAGGCUUCUAAGGCUGCUUUCUUUGCUGCUAAUGUAUAUAUAUUAUCAAUCUGUAUUUAGCUGCAUUAUGUUGGUAAAACUGGUGCCCAAUGGUUAGAAAUUGCGACAGCUUCAUUUAAUAAUAAAGUGCUGUAGCUUAAGACUGCUAUCUUGAGGUACAAAUCUUUUAUUUUGUUUCACCCUUGUUCACCUGGGAUCUCUGAAUGCACAUAAUGGAAUUGGAGCUUCCCAAGUUUUCAAGAAUCUCAUCUGUGCUCACUUUUGCUCUUCUUAACCAUUUCAUAUGUCAUGAUUAUUUGUACUUGCGAGCUCUCAAGUGUGUUUCAAAAGCUUUUUUUUUUUCUUUUCUUGCAUGGUGGAAGCAGCAUUUAUUUUUUUUGUUGCACACACUGCUGUUCAGUGGCUGUUCAUGUGACCUUAUGUUAAAAAAAAAAAGCUGUAAGUUUGCUUCCUUUGUGUGAGCACAGGAACCAAUGUGGAUCAACCAGUGCACACGAGCACACACUAGAAAGGCAAGAUCCUCUGCUUUUGUUUUGUUGCUUUGUUGUGUAUCCAUACGUUCAAAUGUAGAGAAACACAUUUAUACAUGUACAUUAUUAUUUGUAAGACAGAUAUCAUUUAGUUUGACACUUGUUGCCCAUUUCGCCAGAAGUCCAUACUGUUGGAGCAUGAACUGGGAAACAAUAAAAAUCAACCCUAAAGCUUACAAA